AUGCUUCCACGACAAGCUGCAUCGCUGUCGCGCGUUUCGAACAUCUCUCGGACAUCACCGCUGUGCAAGAGAGUGCCUCGUGCUAUCCUCUCGCAGAACCGCACCUUCUUCACAAGCAAUGGCAACCCCGAGUCCAAAACGAGACGCGCCCAACUGCUGGGUUCAGCUGCGCUCAAGAGUUCGCGCUUGAACAGGGAUACAGCUCUCGCCCGCUCGAUAUCCACGAAGCCGCUUCCAACACCGAAAUCAAGAAUUGCGCGUUAUGCAUGGCGAACAGCAGCAUGGCUAGGGACAUUUGUGGCUGUCAGCGGCACCCUCGUUGUCGGGUUCUUCAUCUAUGAUGCAACCACUUACAAAGAGGAGCCCGAUACAGUCGAUAUCCCUGUCUCAGAGCUGGCUUUGAACCCACGAAGAGGUGGACCCAAGAACUUGCCCAUCGCCGACCACUUUGUCGACGAUGACGACUGCGAGGAGAACAGGGCUGUCAAGCACAAGCCCAAGCUGGUCAUUCUCGGGACAGGCUGGGGAAGCGUCGCGCUGCUCAAGACACUCAACCCGGACGAAUACCAUGUCACCGUCAUCUCGCCCUCGAACACGUUCCUCUUCACGCCCAUGCUGCCGUCCGCAACCGUUGGCACCCUUGAGUUGAGAUCGUUGGUUGAACCCGUCAGGCGCAUUGUGAGGAGAGUGCGCGGGCAUUUCCUCAAGGCAAAGGCUGAGGAUGUCCAUUUCUCCGAGAAGCUGAUUGAGUGUUCAUCGAUCGGCGCUGAUGGCCAGCCGAAGCAUUUCUACGUUCCCUACGAUAAGCUGGUUGUUGGCGUGGGUUCUGUCACCAACCCGCACGGCGUGAAGGGUCUCGAAAACUGCCACUUCCUCAAGGAUAUUAGCGACGCUCGCCUCAUCCGCAAUGCUGUCGUUCGGAACUUGGAGACUGCAUGUCUGCCCACGACCAGCGACGAUGAGCGCAAGAGGUUGCUGUCUUUUGUCGUCUGUGGAGGCGGGCCGACCGGUGUCGAGUUCGCAGCCGAGCUGUUCGAUAUGCUUAAUGAGGACCUGUGCAAGCAAUACCCGCGAAUUCUUCGCAACGAGAUCUCCGUCCACGUUAUCCAGUCUCGCAGCCAUAUUCUCAACACUUACGACGAGGCCCUUUCUCAAUAUGCCGAGACGCGAUUCGCAAACGAUGCCGUCGACAUUCAGACCAACGCUCGUGUGAAGGAGGUCCUGCCUGAUAGGAUUCUAUACUCGCAGAAGGGCGACGGCGACAAUGCUAAGGUAGUUACCAAGGAGAUCCCAAUGGGCUUCUGUCUUUGGUCGACUGGUGUGUCACAGACCGACUUCUGCAAGACUCUUGCCGAGAAGCUCGAUGGCCAGAACAACAAGCACGCCCUUGAGACUGAUACGCAUCUGCGCCUGAGCGGCGCGCCACUGGGCGACGUCUACGCCAUUGGAGAUUGCUCGACAGUGCAGAAUAACGUUUCCGACCACAUCGUGAACUUUCUCCGCACCACUGCCUGGGAGAAGGGCAAGGACCCCGAGAAGCUGCAGAUCUCCUACAACGACUGGCGCAGCGUCGCCAAGCGCGUCAAGCAGCGCUUCCCGCAAGCCGCGAACCACCUGCGCCGCCUAGACAAGCUCUUCGAGCAGUACGACAAGGACAAGUCGGGCACCCUUGACUUUGGCGAGCUUAGAGAGCUGCUGUUCCAGAUCGACUCGAAGCUCACAUCGCUCCCCGCAACGGCGCAGCGCGCGCACCAGCAGGGCCAGUACCUCGGCCGCAAGUUCAACAAGAUCGCCAUGGCAGCGCCCGGCAUGGCGCUGAACGAUAUGGACUACGGCGACAUCGACGACGCCGUGUACAAGGCGUUCGAGUACAAGCACCUGGGCAGCCUGGCGUACAUCGGCAACGCGGCCAUCUUCGACUGGAACGGCUACGGCCUGAGCGGCGGCCUGGUCGCCGUGUAUCUGUGGCGCAGCGUGUACUUUGCCCAGUCGGUCAGCCUCCGGACACGAGUCCUGCUCGCCAUGGACUGGACGAAGCGCGCGCUUUUUGGACGAGAUAUGAUGAACUUCUAG